GACGCAGUCACGUGACUAUCGCCGUGUGUCAGCUGACGAAAAAGAAGCUGAACUGGGAAAAUUAUGGUGGUUCAACUAAACACCUUGUCCCUUUCGGAGUGUCUUCAACUUUGUCACAGGGUAGUGGAUGGACUCUGUGGCCGAGAACCUCCUCGCAAAGGGGACUACAAUGCCACCUGGAGCCUGGAGGAGUGGCUGGAGAUUACCAACUCUUUGACAGCGGUCUUCCGGCUGUCCGUAGGGAACAACAGCUCUGACGAGGAGGUGAUGAUUCGCCUGUCUGAGUUGAGUAGCAGCCACUCAGAGGCUGUGCUCAACGUACUGAGAUCACGACGGGAAGAGAUUUGCCAUGCUCUGUUGACUAGAACCCACGCAAUCUCCUCUGCUAUGUUACAGGACUUUGACUGGCAGCUGAAGUUGGCGCUGUCCAGUGACAAGAUUUCAGCUCUUCAGACUCCUCUGUUAAGUCUUAGUCUGGAUGUAAGAGAGAACGGAACCCUCAACUCUUUUUCCAUGGAGAUGAACAAAGAGGAACUUAAUACACUCAUCUCGUCACUGGACGCCGCUAAUAAGGUACUACUCCAGUUGAAAUAAUGGAACAGUUGAAGAAAUAUUGAUCCUCGUCACACCUCCAAAGAGACAGUCAAGUAAGGAUGGAUGCUAUCAACGGGGUGAACCUUUUCAAGAACUGACUCGCACAAGAACACCUGCGCAUGCGUCAGUCAGUUGGGGACCAAACAAACGGGCAGCCACUGAAAUUUUGUAUCCCUAGUACGAAAGUGUCUGCCAAAAUGCACACGCUCAACUUGCAGGCAAUGUUUAAAAGGUCUCAGCCCUAAGUGACAAAACAUCAGGUGCGCUUGUUGAACUGCUCUUAAUUGUAUUUCUAUCAUUGACUGUUGACGUAAAAAAAACUACUGCGAAGCUCUGACAAGUUCACCCAAAGGCGGAAAGCAGAAAUGUGAUUGUAAAACUU